AUGUACACACAGAGGUCAUUGCACAAAAGGUAUGUUGUACUUGUGAAUGCCAUACUCUCUUCACCACAGCCUUGGAGCAUACGGCGGCGAGCUACAGCUCUUUUAUGGGAAUAUCGCCUGGGGUUUAAACGUACAAGAAACAUGCUUCUUCAGUUCAUGCAUCAUCUGGGCUCGGUUCAGGAUAACACUGACACACUUUUGAAUAUUUUUGUCGCUACCAAGUUUAUUGGACAUCCAGCCCUUUCACAACUAUCUGAUCUGGUAAAGAGGUUGUUUCUGAAGUCUAAUAGAGAGGAUUGGUCUGCUAUAGAAUCGGCCGUGCUUACUCUUCUAUUACUAUCACUCUAUCAAGGACAGGAUUCAAAAUCAUGCAAUUCUCCUACAUCGAUCUGUACCCUUCAACCUCAUAGAGACACUCCUUCUUUACUUACAUCCAUUUUAGGAAAUUAUCAAAGCCCCAAUCAGCAACUGCUCAAGAAGCACUUCUCAGCUAUUAGCAAAAGCAUGUCGGUUCUGAAUCCUUGCACACAGAAUGACUCUCUUUGUAUUUCAAGGAAAGCUUCUGGUUCGACUGGAGAAUUACUAUGCUUUAGCUUUCAGCCGGCAGCUUUCACUGGGAAUACUACUUCACGGCGUUCUACCGCAGUCUCAAUUCUUCAAAGUCGUGGGGAAGGUCUUCGAGAAGCUGUGUUAAGCUCACCACAUAACCCUAAGGGAGAAGUGCUCCUUUUAGGUCAGAUAACGUGCUUCGAUGAUCUUCUGACGCUUAUAAAGGGUUUGAAUACACACCAGCAGUUUGCAAUCUAUAAUAACCUGUCUCUAUCUUUAGAGACACGAAAACUUGCAAAACUUUGGGUUCAGCCAAACCUCUAUCUCAUGUCUUGGGAGGCCCUUGUUGAUCGCUUUGUUGACCAGUACUUUGGAAUAGAGAUUGCCCACGAGGUUGCCAAUAGGCUUACUGAUAAAGUUCUUUUUGACCUUUAUCUUGCAAAUCAGGUUGUCUGCAGUCAGAGUGCGAUCGAGGGAGACACAAGAGCUAGUUCCGCCUUCCUUAUCCAACUGCAAGAGUUGGAAACAGUGCAUUCUGUAGUACAUGGGUACAAGAACCAUCUUAGACACUGCAUUUUGCAUGAAAGGUUUUCUCAUUCUGUCGAGCUGUUAGAUGUAUGUGUCAUGCGUGGAUCUGUCUUUGCAAGACAGCAAUCUAGGAAGAUGUUGCCAACUUUCUACACCCUGGUCUCAGAGGGGAUUCUGAAGAAGAUGCAGCAACUAAUCAUUACAGAAACAUACAGAAUGUACGCGGGUAGUUGUAGUCAGCGAUCACAAGGUGGGUCCCCAGAGAUAGAAUUGGGCAUUGGAGGAGGGAUUCCCAUUAUUAAAAGGUGUCUCUUUUAUGAAUUUGAGAACAUUGGGCCCCUAUCCUGCAACUCUGCCUUGGCAGCUUUGUUCCAAAAAAGAUGGGAACUUCCUGAGCCAAUGGCAUUAAUUGAAGAGCUGCUCCGACCUAUCCCACGCAUCUGGCUGCCUUUCUCACUUAAAGAAUAUGCAGGGACUAUCAUCGAACUUUUCAAUUUAGGAUCUCUUUUGUCGGCAACCAGAGAACAUUAUCCGCUCCUGCUUAGGACUCUUUUUUUGUACACUAGUACCGUUACUGGAGCCAUGACUCACCACACAACAUCAUCGAGCACGGAUUGUGUAGAAACUCUUCUAUUUUCAUCUGACUAUGAGUUCUACAAACCUAAGGAUACGCAUACCUCGAAACUUAGUGCUAAAAGCCAAGGAUUGGCCCAUCAGCUCAUUCAGGAGAGCAUCGGGUCAUAUAUUUCACAUACAGCAAGCUUUCUUGAGCAGGAGCAAAUCCGUAGAAGCGUUGCUAAUCAGCUCGAAGAACAAACCGGAAAGCUUAGCAAGAGCGUGACCUUGUCCGCAAUAAGUAGAGACAAUCAGGCUAAUAUCCAAGACGAGGCACUUCUUCCCGGUGCCGUUGCAUCCAAAAGGGAGAUUGCAGCAGUUCUAAACGAUCUUAAGUCCUACUUCGUAACAGAAAUGAGCAAGCUUGGACUGGAUGUCAAAAAGGAUGAAGUUGUAGACGGUUUGAAUCGCCAAUUUAAACUAUUAUUGGCCAAACAAGCCCCUAGCUAUGCAGACCUUUUUGAAGAAAUGGAGACAAAGCAAAAUCUAGAAGAAUUGAAAAGCGAGGAGCUGAUCCCACGAGCUUCAUUGCAGGACUCUGGUGCGGUAGAGGAAAAUAUAUCUAAUCUCAAGGCACCAGAAUUCUUUGUCGAUAAGAAAAUACCAGGAAACGCCGCAGCACCAUUCGAUAAAAGUUUAGAUACACAGAAGCUCCUCGGUGAAGAAGACCUGCUAGCUCGUAAGAAGAUGGAGGAGAGAAUUGAAAAGGCAAAGCAGCGAGAUGAAGUGCAUAAGGCUGCUGUAGAAAGAGAUAAGACUCUGCCUCUUCGAAAACGGAAGUUUAAGACAGCAAAGGAGAUCAUAGAGAAUACAGAGUAUGAAGGUGUUGGUGUUUUCUUCGACUGGGACGAGUAUCUUCAUGAUAAGUUCCCAACACUAGUAGAUUCUCUGCAUAAAUCUCAUGCCCUUGCAAGCACUGACUCUCAAAACGAAUUUCUUAUUUCGCCAAUCCAUCGGCAAGAUGAUAUAGACAAGGGCUGGUGUCAUUUUUCUAGAGAAAAGCAUGAUACAGAGCUUUUUCUAUCCUACUCUGACGUUAAUUACAGACAGCUGAUCUCUCAAUACAUGGGACCAAUCCAGCUUCUCCACCAAUUAACAAACAAGAUAGUGUGCAACUACCUUCUGUAUGAGUCAAACCUCUUUUCGUGCAUAGAUACCGUGGGUGAGGUAUGCUUCCUUUUAGAUAGCAAUUUGACCAAUAGACUACUGUCUACGUUCUUCAAACACGGAAGUAGUACAUGGAUUUUUGACGGAUCGUUUCAGGAGCAGCGGGUGCUCUCUGUGCUGUCUCGUCAUGACCUACGCGGUGUAGCAGAGUUAACCAUACUUACUGGGUCACUGAGCUCCGCUGAUGUUCCUGGUCACAGCAGAAUUUCAGCAGAAGACGAUCUGCCCCAGCAAGGACGGGAGGCGAUUGACUCUAUUAUUUCCAUGAACAGGACACUAAACUCAGAUUUAUCUACGACGCUUGAAGGUCAAUUAUCAGAUCUGUAUACAUCUGUCUGUCUUCUAUGCAAUCCUCACUCUAACUCGUCUCUCCCCAUUCAUAGUAUUAUAUCAGCCCGAGAUAUUGCCAACGUCCUGCAGUUAUACAGUCCAAAGCGUCCUGGAUCCGCAUCUCGCAAAGACAAUGGUGUACUUGAUCAUCUUCUGAUCAAAGAAAACGAGCGACGCAUAUCUCAAUCUUACAGCUCCAACACUAACUUUACUAUGCUUCUAGAUUUUUCUACUAGCAACGCAUUGUUCCACCAAUUGUACUAUGCGCCUCUUGAGCCUCUCAUCCUUGUGGUUUUUAAACACAUCCUUACAUUGUCGCAAAGCCUAUAUUCAUUGCAUGGGCUUUGGUUUCUCCUGGUGGUUAGCGAUAAAGAUCACAAAAGAUACUCCGCAUUGGAAAGACGCACACGUAAGUUACUAGUUAUUCGUCACAGUGCAUGUUGCUUCUUACAAGUCUUCCUCCGCUUUUUGCUUGGAGAUGUACAUUUGACUCUGGAAAACGCAAAGCAGUGCAUUUACAAAACUCUGGAGACAGGGACAAACGUACUCAGGUCUGUAGAUCAGUGGCACACUCUGAUUGCCAUUACGUUGGCGCGCCUUUUUCUGACUGGUCCCCAUCGAACCAUUUUUGCAGCCAUAAAGGAGAUGCAGUGCCAUGUCCUGCGGUUUUGCAACGAAGUGUGUGCUUACAUAGAGUUUAGCAAGGCAGCGCCCGGGGUAGUAUUCAAUUAUGAGGAGAAACUGACCGAAGUCUUUUGGCGAGCAUCAAAUGCUGGCCUGGACCUGCAGCAUGCAAUAGAUGAGAUUGUAGCAUGCUUGGUCCAUUACGUAGAAAAGCUUGGGGUGACACGCUAUGAGGAGGUCCUGGCUCAGUUUUCUUUACUAAGUAAAUAG